AUGAACUAAAAAUAAUUAUUUGCUUUGUUAGUUAUAGUAUUCAUCCAAAUAUCUAGCACCAGUUGCAACAGAGGCUUUGAAAGUUUCCUCAAAAAAUUUAAGCUCAAUGCUGAUAUAUAGGAAAAUAAUUAUGACUGGAGUAGCUUUUAUCAAAUAGCAGAUGUAUUUAUCUAAAAUAGAACUACACCUGGACUUACUGUUUCAGUCUAUUAUAAAAACUAAUCUAUCUUCUCUGCAGCUUUAGGUAAUUAAACAUACCCAGGAGAUGCUUUUAAUAUUCCUGUUAACAAUGAAACUAUUUAUGAUAUAGCCUCCCUUUCCAAAGUAUUUGGUGUAACUGCUGCUACUAUGAGACUUUAUGAUUAAGGAUUAAUUGGACUUGAUGAUUUAGUAAUUACUUAUAUCCCUGAGUUUAAUAACCACGAUAAGGCUAAUAUCACCAUUAGAAAUUUACUUCUCCAUAAUUCUGGUUUAUAGCCUGACUUAGAUUUCUCUCUAUUCCCCUAAUCAACUUUAAUUCCUUCAAAUAUUAAAGAUGCAAUCUACCACAUUGAAUUAUAAUAUCCCACAGGUACUUAAUAUGUUUAUUCUGACUUAAACAUGGUUAUUUUGCAAGAAGUUGUCUAAAGAAUUACAAAAAUUUCACUUGAUGUUUUCUUGAAGCUUAAUGUUUACGGACCUCUCGAAAUGGACUCAACAAUGUUUAAUCCUUCUCCUCUAUACGUCCAUAAAAUUGCCCCUACAGAAUUUGAUGAUGUUUAUCGUCAUGAGUUAUGUCAUGGUAUUGUACAUGAUGAAACUGCUUGGUUCUUAGGAGGUGUCUCAGGUAAUGCUGGUAUAUUCUCUACUGCAAAUGAUUUAGCUAAAUUCAUGAAUAUGAUGCUCAACAGAGGUGAAUACAUUAAUUCUAAAGGUAAAAGAGUUAAAAUCUUCGAACCUGAAACUGUUGAUCUUUUCACAACAAAAGAAACAAAUGUUCCUUAUCCUAACUCAAGAGCUCUUGGAUGGGAUACUGUUCCAAUUCAAAGUGUUCUUCCUUGCGGUACUAAGUUUUCUCCAUUAUCAUUUGGCCAUACAGGCUUCACUGGCACAACUGCUUGGGCUGAUAAAGAAAAAGACUUGGCUAUAGUUAUUUUAGCUAAUAGAGUAUAUCCUGAUAGAAAUCACUCAGGUACUGCCAGUCUCUACUUUAGAUAAGAUACAUACACUUAAAUUUGCAAUAUCCUUGGAUAUUGA